CACCCACUGCCCAAACCCCCUCACAUCCAAGCUAUAAUUAACCACCCGACAAGGCUACGCACACACACAGCCAUGCCCUCCACAAGGCUAGCUGAAAACAAUCCUACCACCGCUGACACCGAAUCCUGAGGUUCAUCCGCAGCCCCACACCCCAACCAACCAGGAUCGUUAGCAGUUAUUAUCUACGCGAGCCAGCCAAUCAGCACCCCCCGCCCCAUGACCCUGAUCAGAGCCAUGUGGAUCGGAAUCAAGCCUUCAAAGUGACAGCCACCACCCUAGUCUCGCACUAGAAGAUACAUCCCUGCUAGUAGGAAAGAUGCGUGAGGCUGAGAGUGUCAGCACACAAUGAUACCAAGUGUUAAAAAGGUGAGUUGCUCCUCUAAACUGAUUUUUCACUGUCAUUGUCUUGUGCUUCAACUAGGGUUUGAUUUCAUCCACCUUUCAAUAUGCGUGUCUGGCGUACCCUGCUUUUAGCGGGGUGUGUAUCGGCGAUUGAGUUCAAUAUCACCAAAACGGACACAAUCAAAACCGCCGCAACCACCGAACUCACCAACCUCCUCACUGACGCCAACUUCAACGGCACCAUCAACCCAAUCUACUCUACCGGCUACCCAGAGGGCAUGCUCUACACAUCGCUAAUCUCCUACUGGAACGCCACCGGCAACACCACCUACAACGACAAGAUCAUCGAGCGCAUGCACAACCAAUCCGAAGGCAUCUACAGCGGCGUCUGGGUGGAGAUCGAAGUCCUGACCAGCGACUUCGUCUCCUGGGGUCUGGCUGCCAUCGCUGCCGCGGAGGUGGAUUUCCCAGGGAGUCCGACGAACUCGUCGUGGUUGGCCUGGGCGAAGAAAGUCGCGUAUACGCUUGAUCUGAUGAUUGAUCAAGGCUCCGUGUGCAAUGGGGGGUUGUAUGAUGAUGAGAGCGACGAACAUGGAACGCAAUUCGAUUGGUUUGAUAACGGGGCGUAUUUUCAGCUUGCGGCGAGGAUUGCCGCCGCUAGCUCGGGGUCGGAUCAGGGUACGUAUGCGGAGUAUGCGGCUAGUGCGUGGUCGUGGAGUGAGAAGAAUGGGAUGGUGAAUACGACGGAUUGGUCGGUUAGUGAGCUGGUGUCGAAUCGGACGGCGAAUGCGAGUUGUGUGGCUGUCGAUACGUCGCGGUGGUCUUGGGCGUAUGGCUUGUAUUUGAGUGGGGCGGCGCAUAUGUAUCAUGCUACCAAGUCGGAUGUGUGGAUGACCCGGACCGAGGGGUUACUUAACAGCACUCUGGACACAUUCUUCAUCAACAACAUCAUGGUCGAAGUGGGCUUUGACAGUUCCAGUCUGGGAACGGCAGAGCAAUCCACGCUGUCUGCCUACCCUUUCAAGGGAUUCCUGGCGUUGUGCCUUGCGUCCGUGGCAAACCUAAUGCCGGACUUGGCGGACCGCAUUGUGCCCUUACUGCAGGACACGGCCGUGGCUGUGGCGGAGCAAUGCGAUGGCACGAGUAACCACACUGUCUGUGGAUCGGAUUGGGGGAGUAGCACGUAUAACAACGAUUCAUCGUUUGAGAAUACCUGGAAUGCGGCCAAUAUUUUCACCUCCAAGCUGCUGGCCCCGGAGACGAGCAAAUCCGGGAAUACCACCAGCAGCAGCGGGAACUCGAAGAGUGGCGAUGCUUCGAAAAAGACCAAGAGUGAGAAGGGCAUUUCAAAGGCUGUUAUCGCUGGUGCCGUGGUUGCGGCCGCGGCGGGCGUGGCGUUGAUCCUUGCAGGCAUUCUCUUUGCCUUGAAGAGGAAUCAAAGGAGGAUUCCGGUUCCGACGAGGGAGCCGUAUGAGCCGUAUUAUUCGGCUCAAGGACGAGGUCCGGUCGAGAUGGCGCAGGGGAGAUAUGUUCCUGAGAUGGGUAAUGGGAUGACGACGGAACUUCCGGGCCAGGUUAGGUAUGAUCCUCAUGAGAUGGAGUCGGUUGCGGUGUCGGAGGUGGGAGGCUAUGGCCGUGGGUCGCGAUAUGAGAUGGGAUGAUAAAUGCUUUUGAUUGAUGGUUUAUAGUGUGGUAUUAGAUUAUGUCGUGAGAAAUAGUACAUGCGCCUUCCUAACACCGCAAGCAGAUAAAUACAAGUAUUGG